AUGAUCAGAGUGGACAGCGGACACACAGGAAGACAGACGGUCCACCUGAACAUGGAUCACUUGUUGGUACUGGUGCUGGUGCUGGUGCUGGUGCUCUGGAGCUCAGCAUCCAAGCCUCCCACCAUCGUCCCAGAGAUGACCUGUGCCACUGGUAAUGGUGUAAUGUACCGAGGCAGGAUUGCUGUGACUGAAUCUGGCAAAACAUGCCAGAGCUGGUCGGCUCAGACGCCUCACCAACAUGACAGAACGCCAGAGAACUACCCCGACAAAGGCCUGGAUAACAACUACUGUCGUAACCCUGACAAUAAGAAGAUGCCCUGGUGUUACACCACUGACUCUGAAACCCGCUGGGAGCACUGCAAAGUGCCGAGAUGUGACACAGAGUCUGUCAGGUUGGUGGGAGGAGACAGUCGCUGUGCAGGAACACUGGAGGUCAAACAUCAGGGAGAGUGGAGACCAGUGAAUGGCUAUUACUCUUACUGGACCCUGAAGACAGCAGACUCUGUCAGGCUGGUGAAUGGGACCAGUCUGUGCUCAGGCAGACUGGAGGUGAAGUCUAACCAGAGGUGGUCCUCAGUGUGUGAAGCUGACUUUGACCAGCAGGAUGCAGAGGUGGUCUGUAGGGAGCUUGGCUGUGGGGCUCCUUCAGUCCUCCAGGGGGCGCUCUAUGGAGAAGUGGAGGCUCCAGUGUGGACCAAAGAGUUCCAGUGUGGAGGCCAUGAGUCUGCUCUCCUGGACUGUAGAAGCUCAGGCUCAGAUAGAAACACCUGCUCACCUGGCAAAGCUGUUGGACUCACCUGCUCAGAGCCUGUCAGGUUGGUGGGAGGACACAGUCGUUGUGGAGGAACACUGGAGGUCAAACAGGGAGAUUGGAGACCAGUGAUAGGCUUUUACCCUGACUGGACCCUGAAGACAGCAGGUGUUGUCUGCAGAGAUCUGGACUGUGGCUCUGCUGUUUCUGUAGGAGAGAGAGAGGAGUCCUCAGACAGACCUGUGUGGAGGAUCGACUCUGACUGUGUUCACUCUGGAUCUGCUCUGAGGGAGUGUGCAACAUCAUCUUCCUCUUCCUUCGUCCUGAAUCUCACCUGCUCAGACCUGCUGCUUCAGCCCAACAUCUCUGUGUCCUCCUCCAUGGACGGGGUCUCCGAGGCCCAGCAGCAGGGGUUUCACGUGCUCAGAGGCUCCAACUUCACCAUCAGCUGCUCCAUCCAGCCACAGUACCCAGGAGGCUCCUUCCAGCUCACCUUCACCUCCUCCAACUCAACACACAACUACACCCAACCAGCUGUCAAUCACUCUGCCUACUUCCUGUUUCCUGAAGCAGAGCCCGCCCACCAAGGAAGCUACAGCUGUGUUUAUCACCUCUAUGUUUUCUCUCAUAACUUCUCCUCUGAGAGCCGUCUGCUCUCCGUCACUGUCUCAGCACCAGAUCCAACACCUUUCAUCAUCAGAGCCGUCGUCCUGCUGCUGAUUCUGCUGUUGGAGAAUAUGGUCCUUUACUUCUACUGUAAGGCCAGCAGGGGGCAGAAGGUGGCCAGACAGGAGAACAUUGAGCUGGAUUAUUAUAACCUGGGUGUUUCUGCAGCUGAAGGAGGGCCGACUGAAGAGGAAGGAGCUCAGGGAGCAGAGUAGCACCUCCAAGGAGCUCACCUCACAUCCACAUGGGUUUUUAUACGCAUGUUCCCUUUAAACCAGAAGGAUGGAGUUAUGAUAUUAUGUUAUAUACUAUAUUUUUCUUACUGUCAACAUGAAAAGACCAAAUCAACAAGGUGUUAGUCUCUUCAUGCUGUCUGACUUCCUGUCAGCUCCGAGCCCAUUGGUUCCUACUGAAGACGUCAAUCUUUAAAAACACAAAUAUAAAGUUUCAUCUGAAAACUAGACUUGAAAGCAGGUAUACUGGAGUCGGAGCAGCCGGCGCCGUUCAGAACCAAAGAUACACCAACACAGGUCCAUCAGGAACAAUGUUGGUCAGAUAAUGUUUUAUA